GAAAUGAAGAAAUACGAAUGAAUCUAGGCAAUAUCUAACCGUUAUUUUUCGAAAAAUGAGCUUUCAGAGCAGCUUUUGCAACGCCACCUAAGGAAGUAAUUUUGAAUUUGCUUCUUUCAUUGUGGGCCAGAAAAUGCACGAGACUAGGAAAUGGCUUAUUUUAUGGCUCAGAGAGGGAAAGUGAGAAAAUAUUCAGAAGAUCGUGCAUUCCUUCAGCCAACAAAGCGACCAGGAUAUUCAGUAUCUCUUCCGGGCUCUUUUAAGAAUUCCCUGUACUGGAAGACUCUGGACAAUAUUGAGGGGAAAGACGAGAAAGGCAGAGAAGAACAAAUUGAACAAGUUACAAAUCCCCAAAUGCAUAUUCCUACAUCAGUUUCUCCUGAAAAUCCGAAUCGAGAAUGUCAAGCUGAAGAUGAUACCCCAAGAAAAUCUCUUCAGUAUCGUGAAUUAGUAUCUGAUUGCGGGAAGAAGAGUGUGAGUCUCUUUGAGAAUUUAGACAAGCUGCUGGCUGAAUGUGAGGAAGCUUCUGUGAUUGAAAUCUCUAUGAAUUCCACUGGAAUUCAAGAAACAAUCACGACCGAUGUUUCAGACACUUCCUGGCUCAAUAAUUUACUGGAAGAGGAUUCGAACAUGACGGACUUGGACUUGAGUACUCAGAUUUUGAAUGAGAUCACAGGACGGAAAACCACAAAGCAGACUUCAAAAUUAACUUCAUUUCAGAACCCGGAAGGUGAAGUCACAGAGGAAGUGCUGGAUUGCAGUGGUAUUUCGUGGAGAUCAGCAAUGGAAGACUUUAGUUGGGGAAACACCAGAGAAAAUAUUUCACAGGAAUUUUUAUUCUAAAAAAAAAUAAGAACAGAUAUUUUGUGGAGAACAA